AUGGAGAUCAUUUCUAACAUCAGCGGCAGCUUCACGCUCCUGGGGCUGGUAGAGAUGGAGAUGCACAAAUAUCCCUACUUCCUAUUCUCCACAGUCAUCUAUGUAUUUAUUCUGAUGAUGAAUGGCAUCAUUGUGCUGGUGGUGGUGAAGGAGAGGACUCUCCAUGAACCAAUGUACAUUCUCAUAGCCAGCCUGGUCUUAAACGAGAUUUUUGGGAGCUCCUCGUUCUUUCCCAAACUGAUAGUGGACUUGAUCACCUCCUCCAAGACGAUCUCUCAUAGAGAGUGCCUGAUCCAAAUUCUUUGCAUUUCCACUUUUGUACUUUUUGAAAUGGGCACUUUCACGGUUAUGGCCUACGACCGUUAUUUGGCCGUGUGUCAACCUCUGCAGUAUGCCAGCUUGAUGACCAACGACAAGGUCCUGAAGAUCGCUGCCACAUGUUGGGUCACGUCCUUCACGUGUAUUUUCGUAGCUGUCCUUAUGGGGUGGAAUCUUCCUCUGUGUGGGGAUAAAAUAAACAGUGUUUUUUGUGACAACAUGUCUUUCAUUGUCUUGUCUUGUCUGGACGCUUCUGUGAAUAGAAUUUAUGCAUCUGCGGUAACCUAUGUGUACUUUUGCAUGACUAUUUCCGUUACUGUCUUCUCCUACUUCAGGAUAUUUAUGGUCUGCCUCCGAGUCUCCAAAGAGUCCCGUCGGAAAGCCUUCCACACCCUGGUGACGCAUCUACUCAACUUUUCCAUAUUUUUGAUGGGUGUUUUCUUUGUUUUUUUAAGGUACAGAUUGGAAAGAGUGAACCUCCCUCUAAUGGUCCAUGUCCUCCUCUCCGUGACUCCCCUCGUGUUCCCACCACUGCUUAAUCCUCUGAUAUAUGGAAUUCGGACCCAAGCCUUGAAAAUAAAAGUUAUUUAUUAUUUGCAGAAAAUAAAUGAGGGGCCAAAAUGGACAACCAUCCAGAUGAAAUGA